CAGCUGUUUGAAUAAUUUUCGUUUGGAAAGAACAAGCAUUUUUUUGUUUUGUGGCGGUGGGCAGCGUUUAGUGUACAUAUUUUUCGUUUGUAUUAACAAUCUAUAUAAAAAAAUAAUGCAAUUAAACUAGUUAAUAAUAAAAUAUAUUAACAACAAAUCACUACAAACACGUUUUGCAACAAUACGCUCAAAUUAUUUAGUCAUUAGACAAACGUCAACUGUGUUGGGCAACAGUUUUAUUUUAUUUGGAGAAAGCAGCACAUUUCAUAAAAAGAAAACUAAUAUUUACAUAAUGGAAAAUUUAAAAGAAGGCAUUCUGGUUGGUUGUGGCAAUCCUUUGCUUGACAUUUCCGCCAAUGUCGAUGAGGAUUUUCUUAAGAAAUAUGGUCUCAAACCUAAUGAUGCUAUUUUGGCCGAAGAGAAACAUAUGCCUUUGUAUAAAGAGCUAAUGGAUAAGUAUAAGGCUGAAUUUAUUGCUGGUGGUUCAGUGCAAAAUUCUUUACGUGUCUGCCAAUGGCUGUUGCAAAAACCUAAAGUUGCUACCUUCUUUGGUUGUGUGGGUAAUGAUGAGUAUGCCAAGAUUUUGGAAGAAAAAGCCACCAAUGAGGGUUUAAAUGUUAAAUAUCAAUAUACCGAAGAGGCUCCCACCGGCACCUGUGGUGUUUUAAUCACAGACGCUCAUCGUUCGUUGUGUGCCAAUUUGGCAGCCGCCAAUCAUUUCACCAUUGAACAUUUGCAAAAGCCUGAGAAUAAGAAGCUAUUAGAUAAUGCGGAAUAUUAUUAUAUAUCGGGUUUCUUCCUUACCGUCAGCCCGCCUAGUAUUAUGGAAGUGGCCCAUCAUGCCCACAAACAUAAUCGCAUGUUCAUGAUGAACUUGAGCGCUCCCUUCCUGUCGCAAUUCUUCAAAGAACCCAUGAUGGCUGCCAUGCCCUAUGUCGAUAUACUCUUCGGCAAUGAACAAGAAGUUGAAACCUUUGCCAAUGAACAUGGUUGGGAAACCAAAGACAUUAAAGAAAUCGGUCAUAAACUAGUCGCUCUACCCAAAGAGAAUACACAACGUGAACGUAUAGUCAUUAUAACUCAAGGACAUUUACCCGUUUUACUCUUCCGUAAUGGUAAAAUCGAAGAAUUCCCUGUACAAGAAUUGUCACGCGAACAAAUGGUCGAUACGAAUGGUGCUGGUGAUGCCUUUGUCGGUGGCUUUUUGUCACAAUAUGUACAAAAGAAACCAUUUGAUGUGUGCAUACGUUGUGGUAUUUGGGCUGCUACACAAAUCAUACAACGUAGUGGUUGUACUUUUGAGGGUAAACCUUCAUUUGAGGAAUAAAUUUUAGUACAAAUUGAAAAAAACAGAAUUUAACAAAAAAAA